AUGGAACGGAAUGAAUUGGAAAGCUAUCGGUUGCAGCUGAAAGAAAUUGACGCGGAGCUUGAAACAUGUACAGAUCUUGAAAAGAGAAAUACUUUGAUGGAUUCACAUGCUGACUUAGUGGAGCUUAUUGAGCUUUUGACUGAAAAUGAAACAAGCUCAGUGACUGAACAAGAUUUCAAUGAAGCUUGCGUUGACGCUGACGUACAAGAUUCCAAUCAAUUAAUUGGAAUGCACUGCCUUGCACCAUACAAUCGAACCGUUGAUCGAGCAGUGCAUUUCCACGAUGCUGUCAUUUUAGAUUUUGUUGAAAAUUCAAACGAGAAAGAGGAUAGCCUCAAGGUUAAAGUAUUAUAUGGUCAUCCUCUCGAAGCAGCAAUGAAACCUUGUGAAUAUUUUCUUAAUGAUCGCUGCAAUUAUGGGAAUGAAUGUCGUUUUUCGCAUGGUGAAGAAGUUCUGUUUUCAGCCCUUCAAGAAUAUCAACAACCUGAUAUUUCGAUGGUGAGAGAAAACUCUAUUAUACUCGUGUUGGGUGAAAAUAAGUUAUGGAGCAGUGCUCGGGUUACUGCUAUGGAUGGUGAGAAAUUAGCCGUUCGGCUAUUGCUUACCGGAAAAGAAAUUGCUGUGGAUCGAAAUAAAAUUUAUCCAAUCGCACAACUAGCUAAUGACGCUGAAGAUGUUCGAGAUGAAGUUGCUACCGAAGAUUUAGCAGCGACUUCAUGGAAAGACUAUAAACAAGAAAGACGCGGAAAUGUUACCGUUGGCGAUAUCGGUGAUUGGGAAAAGCACACACGUGGUAUCGGAAUGAAGUUGUUACUGAAAAUGGGUUAUCGAGCUGGUGAGGGGCUUGGUAGAAGAUCUGAUGGCAUUGUACAUGCCAUACAACCAGUAAUUUUCCCAAAAAAUAAAUCAUUGGAUAUGUGUAUGGAAGCGAAGAACAGAAGAGUGGUAGAUGGAAUGAAAUCUCGCCAGCGACAGACGAAGCAAAUAAUCUCGAAGCAGUUGAAAGCUGCUAAUCAUCCAGUUGAUGUUUUCGAAUUACUGAAUAGUGAAUUAAACAAAGCUUCAGAUGUGGAAAGGCAAAGAAAUGAAGUGAAGGAAAUAGAAAAAUUACAGAAUUUUUCCUCGACAACUCUCGGUAUUCAAGCAUUAGAUUUGGACAAGAAGUUGAAGGAGCUGAAAGGAAGGGAACGUAAUCUACGUGAAGGUAUUACACGGAAUCAGCGUGAUGCUGCUACAGUUAAUAAGUUGAAGAAAAAUUUAUUAAAGUGUCGCGACGAAAUACAACAGCUAUUGAGUCAGCAACAGCGACUCAACGGCUUGAUGGAUACUCGAAGAAAGAAGAAAGAUGUCUUUUGA